AGUGUAGCCCCAACAGUGCCACCUGUCAGUGUCCAUCAAUGCUAGCUGUCAUUGCUCAUCAAUGCCAUCUGUCAGUGCCCAUCAGUGCCACCUAUCAAUGCCAGUCAGUGCCGCCUAUCAGUGCCAGUCAGUGCCGCCUAUCAGUGGCAGUCAGUGCUGCCUAUCAGUGCCACCUAACAGUGCCAGUCAGUGCCACCUAACAGUGCCAGUCAGUGCUGCCUAUCAAUACCAGUCAGUGCCGCCUAUCAUUAACACCUAUCAG